CAGAACUGUUAUUCUCUGCCCCAAAACCCUUGCCUGAAUGGUGGGACUUGCACGUCGACUCUCACCGGUUACAGGUGUCACUGUUUCACUUCGUUCCUUGGGCCACGCUGCCAGCAGACUCAGAACAUUUCACGGUAACGGCUAUGCAUGGAUUCAUCCUAUCGGCCACUGCUCGGACAGCCAUCUAUCGCUGGAGUUCGUGAGCGACAGUACAGAUGGAUUACUACUACACAGCGGAGCGUCAAGAGACAGUAAGAACUUCAUUGCAGUUGAGAUUACAAGCGGCCGGCUCCUUCUCAUCUUCAGACAAGACCUGACCCCGCUGAGGCUCGGCUUUCCAGAGCAGGAGAACAUUACAGACUGAGAACGGCAUCGGAUAGACCUGCGCAUGAGAG